AUGGACGUGUGCCAAAUCGCCUACAAAGGAAAAGCGGGAACGUCCCACGUGACGGCUUACCCAACUGACCACAGGACACAAGAACUGGACAAAGGCGAUUAUAUCAUGAGGCUUUUAUUUCUUGACCUUGGUAGCGCUUUGAUGCUAGUUUCCCAUGAUCUGCCGCUAGACAAGCUCGAAACAAUGGACUUCAAUCCAGAGGUCAUUCGAUGGGUGGCGAACUGCUUUCCAUGUAGCCAUCAAAUUAGCAUGAUGAUGUCGGCGCCGCUAGGAAACAACGUGGGUGUUGUGCAAGGUUUCCCGCUGUUCUGA